AAGAAUCGCAAAACGGAAACGGAAAUCGGGUAUGUAAUCCAAUCAAGCGUUAACACGUCAAUGCAUCGGACAAUUGAUUCUUGUAUAGAUGACUGGCGUGCUGAGUCUUGAUUGAGUUACGCAGCCUGUUGUACACGUCAAUGGGAUCUAUUAUGCAUGAAGAGCGAGAAACCCGCAGGCCGCAGAGAGAGAGAGAGAGAGAGAGAGAGGUCAGCGCAGAAGAAAGAAGACGAGUUAAUGCUGACAGGGAAAUUUCAGCAAGAAGGAACUAAUCCGUUUAAAAAACAGACGCCAUUACCGCCGGUGGAACCGUUGAUGCUUGAGAGGUAUCUCUGUCCUUGGACUCAAAAUGAUAAAAUGGCUGAAACAGUUGCAGGCUGCCUUUGGUGCAUCAUUCCUAUGGCUUAUCUGCUUGAUCUACUUCACCCAGGGUUUCAGAUCUUUUGUAUGGACAGCAGUUUCUUAUCAACUGAAAGACAGGCUUAAGUUGUCACCUUCAGCUUCCCAGCUUGUAUUUUCAGUUGCAUUUUUCCCAUGGAGUAUAAAACCAUUUUAUGGAAUACUGUCAGACUGUAUCCCUAUAAGAGGAAGGAAACGGAUUCCAUACUUGGUCAUUGCAACCAUCCUAUCUCUCUUCCCAUGGCUAGUUCUAGGGAUGAAAACAUCUCUGAGGAGUACAAGUGGACCACUCAUGGUAUUUUUAACAGCUCAAAACAUAGGUUCAGCCAUGGCAGAUGUUGUGAUUGAUGCAAUGAUCGCUGAAGCAGUACGGUUUGAGAGGGCAGCCUUUGCUGGAGAUCUCCAGUCAAUAUCAUGGUUAUCGAUGGCCUUUGGAGGAAUAUGUGGGAGUUUGUUAGGAGGAUAUGCAUUAAUCAACUCACAGAUACAUACAAUUUUUCUUCUUUUCUCUGUACUCCCAUCCAUACAACUAUUAUCGUGUACUUUGGUCAAGGAGGAUUCUUCAGGGACCAAAAUUUUGCCAGGGCUUGCUAACCCAGAAAGUUCUGAGAGGGUGGACAGAAAUGGUAGCAUUUUAGCAGAUAUCUCCACAGUCAAGAAAUCCAAUUUUGGCACUUCAAGGAGAAAGAAGGGCCGUAAAAGCAGCAAUAAAAGGGCAUUUGUCCAAAGUAGAUCUAGCAGUCUAACAAAGGACAGCCCCUUGGUUUCACGGUGGUAUCAGUCCCUGAAAUCAGCUGUCUAUAGUUUGCGCCGGGCAUUUAUGCAACCUGUCAUUUUGAGACCAAUGGCUUGGUUUUUCUUAGCCCAUGUUACCAUUCCGAACCUCUCAACAGUAAUGUUCUACUACCAGACUGAGUUCUUGCAUAUGGAGGCAUCCUUUUUGGGGAGUGCACGUGUUGUUGGGUGGCUAGGACUCAUGGUUGGAACCUUCACUUUCAAUCGCUACUUGAGACACAUGAAGUUAAGAAGAAUUCUCAUGUUGGCCCAUGUUCUUCUGGCUACCAUAAGCCUUCUAGAUAUUGUUUUAGUAUCUCGAUCAAAUCUUACAUUUGGCAUACCAGAUAAGCUUAUGGUGCUCGGUGGCUCUGCACUUUCUGACGCAAUCAAUCAACUCAAGUUAAUGCCAUUUCUGAUCCUUUCUGGACAGUUAUGUCCACCAGGGAUUGAGGGAACCUUGUUUGCCCUUUUCAUGUCCAUAAACAACCUUGGAUCAACCUUGGGAUCAUUUCUGGGUGCCAGCGUGGCUUCAGUGCUGAACAUAUCGUCAGGCUCUUUUGACAACCUUCUGCUGGGGAUCAUUAUCCAAGUAAUCUGCAUUUUCAUCCCAAUUGGCUUCUUAUUUUUAAUACCCAAGGAAGCCACAGGGAUGUCAACUUAGCCGAGUUAGACAUCUGUUUGAAACAAGAUUGUGUUUUUCUUAAUUUUUGGGGGGAGAGAGAGAGAGUUCAGUUUUGAGCUUCACAAGUUUUCCCCUUCAGCAUCUUUGUCCUGAAUUAAUAGAAACUUCUUGUUUGUUUUCUGAAUUAUUGAGUAUAGCUAUAGCAUCUUUUUUUCAAGUAAAGAAAUUUGGCUGGUUUGGAAGCUUCCA